AUGGCGACGAUCUCCGGAGCACCUCAGCAGCGCAAGCAGCCCUCGCGUAAGGGCAAGAAGGCCUGGCGCAAGAACGUCGAUGUUUCCGACGUGCAGACAGGCCUUGAAGGAAUUCGCGACGAAGUCAUUCAUGGAGGCGUCGUCGCCGACAAGGCCGCAGACGAGCUCUUCGCCGUCGACAUCGCCGGUUCCACCGACAUCAAGAAGGAAGUCGAGAAGCGUCACAAGCCGCUCAAGGCCGAAGAGAUCCUUGCCCAGCGCUCUGCCGUCCCCGCCGUCGAUUCGCGCAAACGUUCGUCCAAGAUCACCGACGGCAUCAUCGAGCCGAGCAGCAAGCGCCACAAAGUCGGCAAAUAUGUCUCGCACAAAGAGCUGCAGCGAUUGAAGAGCAUCGCGCAUGGUGGCGACACCACCGAGAAGGACGUGGUCCAGACGGACGGUACGGUCGCGCACGAUCCCUGGGCGAUGGAGGAGGAGAAGGAGGAUCCCCGCUUCUCGUUUCUGCCGAAGAAGAAGCCCAUCCGCGAGCCGGAGACGUUGAAGCACUCGCCUGUUGUGCUGUCGGCGAGCGGGAAGCCGUUCCCCGCAGUGAAGAAGCCCGAAGCCGGCAAGAGCUACAACCCUACGUUUGAGGAAUGGAACGCGGUGCUUGAGCGCGAGGGCGAGAAGGAGGUUGAGGCCGAGAAGAAGCGGUUGCGCGAAGCGGAAGAGGACAGACUACGCGAGGAGCGCGCUGCUGCGGCCGCGGCCGAGUCGGAUCCAGAGAGCGAUGGCAACGAGAGUGCCUGGGAAAGCGAGUGGGAUGGCAUUCAGAGCGAAGCCGAAGACAGCUACCUGAAGCAAAAGAGACCCGAGCGGAAGACGCCUCAGCAGCGCAACAAAGCAAAGAAGAGAAAGGAGGCUGAAAGGCAAGCAAAGUGGGAUGCGCAGAUGAAGAAGAGGCAAGCGCAAGCUGAGCAGAUUAAGCAGCUGGCUAAGGAAGUUGAGGAGAAGGAGAAGUUGAAGAAGGAGCAAGCACUCUUGAAGAAGGACGAGGAAUCCUCUGAAGAUGAGGAGGAAGUCGUUCGGAGAAGAAAAUUCGGCAAAGCACCAGUCCCCGAAGCUCCCCUCGAAGUGGUCCUCCCAGACGAGCUACAGGACUCUCUGCGUCUGCUCAAGCCCGAAGGCAACCUUAUCAAAGACCGCUACCGGAACAUGAUUCUCCGCGGCAAGAUCGAGUCACGGAAGGGUGGCCAACGCAAGCAGCGGAAGACCACCGUCACGGAGAAAUGGUCAUACAAGGACUGGACGCUGGCGAAGGCGAAAGGAAGAUAUUAA